AAGUCGAUCGUGGCCACGGCCGCCGCCAGUCGACCACAGUGCGCGAGCAACUUCGUCGCGAACCUAGCAUUUAGUUUUGUUUUUACUUUUUUAAAUUUAAAUCGACGCAAUGGCGUCCGCCGUGAUCAAGUUCAGUGCCAUAUUAAUGUUAAUCGCCGUGUGCGCCGCCGAUGUCUCUGAACUCAGAGGCAACCCGCAGCCUGUCACAGAGGUGUGCCUCGGCUGCAUCUGCCAGGCUGUGUCGGGCUGCCAGAGCAGCGGCUGCGAGGGCGACCACUGCGGCCUGUUCCACAUCACCUGGCCCUACUGGGCGGAUGGCGGCAAGCCCACCAUCAACAACCUGCCGGCCGACCAUCCAGAUGCAUUCUCAAGCUGUGCCAACGACCCUUACUGUGCAGCCAGGACCGUCCAGAACUACAUGGCCAGAUUCGGACAGGACUGCAACGGAGACGGCCAGGUGAACUGCUACGACUACAUGGCCAUCCAUAAGCUGGGAGGCUACGGGUGCAAGGGUGCUGACCUGCCCUUCGCUUACGUCAAUGUAUUCAACCAAUGCGUGGCCGCAGUCGCCGCCCAACAAGGCUAGAAACUCUACAAUGACGCAGCAAGUGGUGUGACCAUGGGGCCUAAUACGCAAAACUUAUUUUUGUAUCCAGCCAGCAUUUGGCAACUUUGGAGGAGAAACUUUAUUCACAAGGAUUUAAUCAAAAUGGAAUGAAAAUACUUUCCACCCAUUAAUUUUUUAUUUUACUUUUUAAAUUAUUUGCGGGAUUGGGCCUCAAUUCUGACUGAGAACAAUAUUUUUUUUAUGACCCAUCAUUAAUAAAAAAGAUCAGAAACUGUUUAGUAGAUAAAUAAGUAUGAAAAGAAUACUCGUACUUUUUUUUCAAGUUUAGGUUGUAACUAGUCUUAUGUUUAAGAAA